AUGGACGCAGCAGCGAAAGGGAGCGUGGGCAAUCGGAAGCGACGUCCAGUCGGCCCAGCAAAGGAACGAGGACGAGGGAUGGCAAGGAAGCGGCGAAGAAACCAUCGGGGCCCUUCAGCAGGUGUCGAUUCAUGGAUGAAGACUUGCGACUUUGUGGUGAUCAGGUGGAUCCCCUGUUGCUGGAGAGCGAGCGUGAUUUCCUGGUCGUUGCCAGUCUUGGCGCGCAGAAAGUGGGGCGCUCCACGGUACUCUCAACGCUGCUGUCACCCUUCUUUCACGAGAACGGCUCGUCCACCGGCCAUUCAUCACCAGGUGCCCCUGGGCAUUCAUUCUGCGGAGACCUUUCUUGAAGGAGGACCAUCAUAUUCGGGUGUUGACCUUUGUGUUACGAUGGAUCGCUUGGUGCUGCUGGAUGCGCCAGCGCUCUUUGAGUCACUCCCAGCGCAUCCCCUGGGCGAUCCGAAGAGUGAACUCUACUUGACGAUUUUCCUUGCGUCCAUUUGUCACUGCAUUCUGGUGGUCACAGAUACUGCUGUGGACCCUGAGCUCUGGAGCUUCCUGCGAUUGUUGGCCACUCUGAAGUCCAAGGUGCCCGAUUUGGGUUCCUGGCUCCGGUCCAAGCAGGCCUUUGAUGGCGAGGAUACAAAUGCCAAUGCCAACACCAAGGAGACUGUGCAGUCGCUGCCGCGACUGCUGGUGGUCUUCAACAACGUGGAGGAGACCGAGGAGACCGAAGAACUGGAAGACUUCCUGAAACACAGCGAGUGGAAGGCUGCCCCCUGGAUCCGUUGCGCACGAGCUCCGCAUCUGCCAGGGCAGAGCGCCCGUGAGAUGUUAUGCAGCAAAGAAGCAGCAACUCUGGGGAAGAGCCUAAGGCAACAGCUGGCUGAAGGAGUGCCUGGUGGCUUUGGUGGGUUGCCACUCACAGAGAAGCAGUGGCUGCACCAUGUCUUGGACUAUUGGGAGUUCAUCCACAAGCGAAGCGAUGUUCAGUCCUACUUCGAUCUCCUGUCUUCAGGUCGUUUGAAGAGCUUCGAUUCCCCUGAUCCAAAGUCCAGUUGA